CUGGCUGAGAAAAAAAAAAAUACUAUCGCUCACUUUACCGUUGAAAAAUAUAGACUUAGUGAGCACAAUCACCCCUUCUCUGACCACUUUCCCCAAAAACCGAUUUCCAGAGAAGUACGCUUCAUAUGCAAAAGCUCCCAAAACGAGGCUCUACCUCUCCGGACGUCAUUUGAUCAGAUCCUCACCCACUUGACAGAAACCAAGCCUGGCUUUUUUAUCCCGAUUCCCAAGUCUCUAAGGGCUCUCACUGUUCGGGAGUUGCCAAGGACCCGAAUGUUCCUGCAUCUCAGGAAUAAUAUAUGACUUGCAACUGGAUGAAAAAAAGAAAUUCUCAAAACUGUAUUGGAAUCCCAGAACAAAGGGGAUGGAAGACUCAUACUCUAUAUGUAGUCCCAGAAGAAUGAGUGUGUCAAAGAAGAGGAGGGCGGCAACAGUGUCUUUUGCAGAUCCAGAUGUUAAGGCUUCUGGUUUUCAUGGUCCCAAACCUGCUGAAGUUUAUGGCUUUGUAGGUUCCAUCACAACUGUUGUGGCUACAGUUAUAUUCUUGGUGUGGGCAUAUGUUCCAGAGUCUUGGCUACAUUCAAUCGGAAUCUUUUACUACCCCAGCAGGUACUGGGCAUUGGCAGUGCCAGCUUAUGCAAUGAUGACUGUUGUAUUAGCAUUAGUAUUUUACUGUGGCCUCAACUUCAUGUCCACCCCUCCCCCAUCUUCCUUAUAUACGGUAUAUGAUGAAUUUAGUAGAGAUCCUGUAAGCUCUGCUCGAAUUGCCAAUGAUGAUCAACCCAUUGAACCCAUAUCUGAUAUCAGUAUUGACAGAAUCAAUCGUUCCAUGUUUAAAUAACACAAAGCUCUUUCGGCAUUGCUGAUUUUUAUCCAACUGAACCUUUUUCCUCAAAGAAUGGCAUUGAGUCUUCAAAUUAAUUAAUAUUAGCAAAGAGAGCAAGAGGCAUUAUCAGAACGAGGGCAAGAAGCAUUAUCAGAGAUGUAAAGAGGGCUAGAAGCAUUAUCAGCAAUUCAAAGAGGGGAAGCACUAGCAGUAAUACAAGAGAUAGGGCAACGAAACAUCAUUGGCAAUACAAAGACGGGAACACGCAUUAUCAGUAACGGGCUAUCUGAACAGCAAUUCAUUUGUAUGUAAGCUUGCAUCUUGCUGUGUUGAGAUUUGAGAAGGCAUUAAUGAUCAUUGAUCAGUA